AUGGGCGGCGGAGGAGGCGAUCACGGCCAUGGAACCGGCGAUUUCAGGACCAAGGUGUGGAGUAUGACUGGUGGCCCUUACUGUCGUCCCAAACACUGGAAGCGCAACACCGCCAUUGCCAUGCUCGGCGUCGUCCUCGUCUGCAUCCCCAUCGCCAUGAAAUCCGCCGAACUCGAGCUGAAUAUCCACCCUAUUGCAGAGGAUGGUGAAAACAUUUCCUCUUAG